UUAUAAUUAAAAUUAAACCAUUCGUUCACUAAUUUUUAAGAUACCAAGUUAAACACAUCGCUAACAUAGAUGCUCUCCCUUCUCUAACCUGCAUCAGCAUUACAAUUUAUUUCCGGAUUUUCUCAAAUCCCUAAAUUUUCGGAAACCCUAGAAAUUUGAUCUUUCAUAAUUAUUGCUUCAUUCACUCUAUCUCAUAGUCUCAUUAAGUCCCGAUAUAUCUUAAAUGCAGUUAACUAAUUGUAAUUAUUACUAAUUUGAUUUGAUUUAAUUGAUUUUAAUUUGAUUUGAUCCCGAUUGAUUGAUGAAGCGGUUUCGAAUGCGGCAGAGGAUCCUCAUCCUCUUCCUUCUUUCGCUUUCUGUAUUUGCUCCUCUUGUUAUUGUCUCAUUUAAACUCAAAACUCUUACUUCUGAUGGGAGAACUGAGUUCGCUGAAGAUUUACCAAUUAUUAUGCAACAUGUGUUACCACUAAAUGCAAUCGAACAGGAAGCAGGUAAAGGUUUGAAAGAGCCUAAUCCAGAGGUUUAUAGAGAUCAUAAUUACUCCACAGUUUUUGAUUUGAGUCAGAAUCAGGAUGAAACUUCUUCCUCAUUGUCGUCUACUAGAUCAGAUAGGAAAGCAAUUGAGCAAAUAGUUGGAGAUGGAGUGAAGCAAAUUCAGACAAAGGAAUAUGUUUUAACAAAAAAUGGCAAGGUUAACGCAGAUAAAAAAGCUGAUGAACAUGAUCAUGGAGUUCAAGCCCCACGUGUGACGACUGUUGCACAUGUUCAGGGGUCACGUAGGAAGACACAGAAGGUUACUGAUGAGAAGUUGAAGCAAAUGAAAGAUCAGGUGAUUAGGGCCAAGGCAUACCUGAGUUUUGCUACGGCUAAUGGAAACGCCCAUCUAGUUAAAGAGUUGAGGCUACGCAUAAAAGAAGUUCAACAAGCACUGGGUGAAGCCAAAAAAGAUUCAGAAUUGUCAAGAAGUGCUUUGCAGAAAAUGAAAUAUAUGGAGAGUUCCUUGUCAAUAGCAAAUCAUGCAUACCCAGAUUGCUCAAACAUGGUUAGUAAGCUCCGUGCUAUGACAGAUAGUGUUGAAGAACAAGUCCAAUCUCAGAGGAAGCAAACAUCAUUUCUUACAGAACUUGCUGGAAGAACAACUCCGAAAGGCCUCCAUUGUCUUUCUAUGAGGCUCACUACAGAAUACUUUAUGUUGCAUUCCGAGCAACAAAGAGUUCCCAAUCAACAGUUUGUUUACAGUCUAGACCUUUUUCAUUAUGUUACCCUCUCCGACAAUGUCUUGGCUGCUGCAGUAGUUGUGAACUCCACAGUGUCAAAUGCCCUGGAACCAGAGAGAAUUGUCUUCCAUGUGGUAACAGAUUCUUGGAACUAUCCCGCAUUUUUCAUGUGGUUUUUGUUGAACCCUCCUGGAAAAGCAACUGUCCAGGUCAUAAAUGCACAAGAAUAUAAGUGGUGGAACGUGUAUGAGUCAUCAAGGGCGAAGCAAAUUUCCCAUGAUCCUAGAUAUUCAUCUCUACUAAAUCAUCUACGAUUUUACCUUCCUGAAAUUUUCCCGCAGCUGGAUAAGAUAGUAUUCCUUGACCAUGAUGUGGUGGUUCAAAGGGAUUUAAGUAAUCUCUGGAACAUUGCUAUGAAGGGGAAAGUUAAUGGCGCAGUAGAGACAUGCCAAGAAGGUGAUACUUCAUUUCGGCGGAUGGAUAUGUUCAUCAAUUUUUCUGAUCCACUUUUUGGCGGGAAGUUUGAUGCCAAUGCUUGUACUUGGGCAUUUGGGAUGAAUUUGUUUGACUUAAGACAGUGGAGGCGCCAUGAUUUGACCUCAAGCUAUCGUAGAUUUCUUUCGAAGGGUGGUAGAAGGCAUGUUUGGAAGGAAGGAAGUCUGCCUUUAGGUUGGAUUACAUUUUAUAGUCGAACUUUACCUCUGGACAGGCGGUGGCAUCUUCUGGGGCUAGGAUUUGACUCACUGUUGAAGACGGAGGACAUUGAACACGCAGCCGUUAUACACUAUGAUGGAAUCAUGAAACCUUGGUUGGAUAUUGGGGUGAAAAAGUACAAAGGAUAUUGGAACAAAUAUGUCAAUUAUGAUCAUCCUUACAUGCAACAAUGUAAUCUUCAUGGGUAAUAACUUUUCGCGUGACUGAAAAUGGGCAUACACCAUCUGAUCACAGGAACGAAGCUCUUCUUUUGAUGUAUACAAUACGAGGUUUUCGAGGGCAUGCAAAUAUGUCUAGGAAGCGUGAAUUCGGUUACCGACUUGCGACAGCAGCAGUAAACUAACCAGUACUACAUUCUUUUGCCAAAUUUGGCACGUCAACUGAUCAUCUUUAAGUCAUACAAACAGAUACAAGAAUCAUUCAUUCUUUAUUCCUGAUUAAUUCAUGUGAGUUCAACUGAUAAUUCAUUCCUAUUUCAGUUGCGGUUAUCAUGCUCACAAUAAUCCAGGAAGCUGAUCUGAAUCAGCUUAUAGCAAUUAUAGUGAGGGCAUAGUCGCAAGUUUUUGUAAUGACAAUAAUUGUUUUACUUGUAUAUAAACUAAUUCAGGAGCUCUUACUGCAUAUAUUUUCAUUUGAGAA